GCAUUCUACGCACCCACAGUACGCCCAGCUCUCUCCAUAACCUUCGUGCAUUUCCCAGUUCCCUCUCUCUCCAUCUCCCACAGUACGCCUAGCUCUGCAUGCCAUAACAAUGUUCGCUCCAGUAGUUCGUCUUGCGAGCAAAAAGUUGCUUGAGAUUCAUCAAGUAUUCUAUCAGCCUCCCCAUGCCUCUGGUUCUUUCUCCACUGCUCUGAAUUAUCAUAUCGAUUCUCCGGAUAACAAUCCCGACAUUCCGUGGGAAUUCAGCGAGGCGAACAAGGAAAAGGUCAAGGAGAUAUUGUCUCACUAUCCAUCCAACUACAAGCAAUCUGCAGUUAUCCCUCUACUUGAUCUGGCACAGCAACAGCAUGGAGGGUGGCUACCUGUAUCAGCAAUGAAUGCAGUGGCUAAGAUUGUAGAGGUCGCUCCUAUUCGUGUAUAUGAAGUUGCAACAUUUUAUUCAAUGUUCAACCAGUCCAAGGUUGGUAAAUACCACCUACUGGUUUGCGGUACAGCACCUUGUAUGAUACGUGGUUCACGUGAAAUAGAAGAGGCCUUACUGAAACAUCUUGGAGUGAAACGCAAUGAGGUAACAAAGGAUGGCAUGUUCUCUGUUGGGGAAAUGGAGUGCAUGGGGUGUUGUGUAAAUGCUCCAAUGAUUACAGUGGUCGACUAUUCCAAGGGUUCAGAAGGAUACACCUAUGAUUACUAUGAAGAUGUCACUCCAAAACGGGUAGUUGAGAUUGUAGAGAUGUUGAGAAGAGGAGAAACUCCACCUGUUGGCACGCAGAAUCCACUCCGUAUAAAGAGUGGGCCAGAAGGAGGGAACACCACUUUGCUUAGUGAGCCAAAGUCUCCUCCAUGCAGGGACCUUGACGCUUGCUAAACUCAAAAUGAAACAUUGUUGUCCUCAAUAAUCCGAAAUUGGGAUAUUUAUCAGCUCUGCUUCGAAGUUUUGUGAUUAACCAUGAAGAAAUCCUCUGUCAGCAUGGUUUCUGCUGGAGAUUAAUUAUUUAUUUAUUCGUUUGUGACUUUCAAGCUCAUUUUACUCUUUUACUGGAUUAUCUAUUUGGCAUAGGGUUGUACAUGGUUUCUGGUGGAGAUUGACUUCCAAUUUCAUUUUACUCUUACUGAAUCUACUGUGAACAAAGCAGUCUGAAUCAAGGAUUAUAGCAUCAAUAUGAUAAACUGUAUAUUGGGAGUAUCGUUUUGGUUUUGAAGGUCAUUGAGACAUGAAAUAAAUUGAAUUUGGGGGUUUGAAUGUU